AUGUUCUUUCCAGCAGGUUCGUUAGCGCCGGCGUACAACAUCAACGGCACCCCGUUCGUCGCGCUCAACUUCCCGUACCAGCAAACUGCACCACUGCAGCAGCAGCAGCACGCAAUGGGCUACGCCUACGCAUCGCAAGAACUGAAGCCAGCAGCCCUGCCGCCGUUCCAUGUGUGCUCAUCAAGCCCGCCGCCAUUCAGUCAAACCAGCAGCGCCAGCAGUUUCUCAGGGGGCCUCUCCGCCAUGCGCAUCACUAGCGUCACCAACACCAACAACAACAACACCGUCAACAACAGCAGUACCUAUGGUGCCAGUGCAAGCAGAAGCAGCAGCAGCAACGUGAAGGACCAGAUGCGACGGCUGAGUAGCAGCAUGACAAGCGUGGAGCACUCGCCGGGGCCUUUGCAGAACCACGGCUGGGGCCUCAGCAUGACGUCCCCAAGGAGUUCCGCCACGUCUUCGAUGGGCUCGCCGCCCAUCUAUGUGAUGCUGCAGCCCAACCCACAGGCAAACCAGCAGAUCCCACUAGCAUGCGGCGGUGUCACCGGCAUGCUGCCCCGCGCCUCUGCUGCACCACCACACCAAUCGAUGCACGACAACGGCACCAUGUACAAGCUCGGCGAGUGGUACGAGGGCGUGGUGAAGCGGUACAACCCCAUGCGGGGCUUCGGCUUCCUCACAGCCACCCACCACCUACGGGUUGUCUCACCCCAAACAGCAACAGCGACAUCCACGAGCUCGCAGCCAGAGACGACAGGCACAGGCGAGGAGGCCCAAAAGACCCCGCAGGCGCAGGUGGUGCGCACCCCAGUUUCCCUUGGAGAUGUAUUCGUGCAUCAGUCGUACAUUCAGAUGGACGGAUUUCGCUCGUUGUCCAUUGGGGAUCGGGUCGUGUUUCGCAUCGGUAUCCUGCCCGGCAAGAAGGCCCACCAGGCCGUGUCCGUGCAGCGGCUCAACGACGUCGGGACGGGUGGCGCUGAGGCACCGGCAGGGAGUAACGACACCCAGGCAGCAGCAAAGGAUGAACCCAUCAAGCCGGAGCCGGAGCUGCAGCAGCAGCAGGAGCAGGAACAAAAACAACAACAACUUCUGCAGCUGCUGCAUCAGCUCGCCGUGAAUGACGGUAACGAUGACAUCUGCAAUGCCGCGCCUGCGCGUGGCGCCGCUCAUCCGGCGGCCGUCUGGAGUACAGACCGCGCGCCGGAAGUGUGCACCGAGACCUUCAGCCUGCCAUCGCCGUUAUUCAACCGCGACAUCGUCAACUUCCAGCCGACUGUCGCGGCAGAGGAGAACGACGAGCCGUUGUGCGUCAAGGGCGCCAUGGCGCUCUCCGACACCGACGAGGUGUGCGACUUCCUCGGCGCCUUCGACGAUAAGAUAGGUGCAAACUGA